AUGACCCUCCUCAUCCUCACCGAGACCUCCGCGGGCUAUGCCCUGCUCAAAGCCAAAGACAAGAAACUUCUCAAGCGGGACGACCUUGCUUCCGAACUGACCAGUGUCGAAAAUGUCACCUCUAUGCUCAAAUUGAAGGAAUUCCAAAAGUUUGAUAGCGCUGCGGCGGCACUCGAAGAAGCGGCCGCAAUCGUGGAAGGCAAAGUCACCCCGAAACUUUCCUCGCUGCUGGAUACCUUGAAAGACGAGAAGAAGAUUUCUCUGGCUGUCGCAGACCCAAAACUGGGAAACGCGAUCGGAAAGAUUCCAGGCUUGGAGAUCAAAGCCAUUGCCGAUUCUACCACUGCCGACCUGUAUCGAGCCAUCCGAGAAUACCUGCCGUCUCUCAUUCCUGGUCUAUUGCCGGAGGAUGUCAAGACAAUGUCCCUGGGUCUUUCGCAUUCUCUGGCGAGGCACAAGCUCAAGUUCUCUCCUGACAAAAUCGAUGUCAUGAUUGUACAAGCAAUUGGCCUGCUGGACGACUUGGAUAAAGAGCUGAACACAUAUGCUAUGAGAGUCAAGGAAUGGUAUGGGUGGCACUUCCCGGAGAUGGCAAAGAUACUGAACGACAACCUCGCAUAUGCCAAAGUAGUGUUGAAGAUGGGCAUGCGGACGAACUGGGAGAAUUGCGACCUGGCCGAAAUUCUGCCUGAAGAGAUUGAAGCUGCAGUCAAGGCUGCUGCGGACAGAUCAAUGGGAACGGAAAUCACAGACGAAGAUUUGGAGAACAUCCAAAGCUUGGCCGAGCAGGUGGUGCAGUUUACAGAAUAUCGUACACAACUUGCCAGCUAUCUUACGGCAAGGAUGACAGCGAUCGCCCCCAAUCUAACAACUCUUGUCGGUGAUCUUGUGGGUGCGCGACUCAUUGCCCACGCUGGAAGUCUGAUGAACCUGUCCAAAAGCCCCGCGAGUACGAUACAAAUCCUUGGAGCCGAAAAGGCACUGUUCCGCGCAUUGAAGACAAAGCACGACACUCCUAAAUAUGGUCUCAUCUACCAUGCCUCUUUGAUUGGCCAAGCCACCGGCAGAAACAAAGGCAAGAUGGCCAGAAUACUUGCCGCCAAAGCUGCACUCGGACUGAGAGUCGAUGCGCUGCAAGAAUGGGGCGAUGACGAAGUCAACAUUCCCGAAGACGAAAAGGCCGCUCUUGGCCUAUCCGCACGAGCGAACCUUGAGCGCAAACUUGCUGCUAUGGAGGGCAAGCCGCUCAAACCUCGCGGAGUCGCUAUUGCUCCUAACGGAGUGUCUACCACGCCGCAGCCAAAGAAAUGGGAGAUCAAGGAAGCACGGAAAUACAACCCAGAUGCCGAUGGGUUGGCUGGUGAUGAGGCCCCAGCUAAAGAAGAGAGGAAGUCAAAGAAGGAUAAGAAAAGCAAGGAAGCCAAGAAGCUCAUUGAGGAGGUUUCGGAGGAUGUGGAUAUGAAAGAAGACGGCGAGUUGGAUAUGGAUGAAGCGGAGUCACAACCCGACGAACCGAUAACUGCUGCCGAGGUUGAAGCCAUAGUACCGUCCGCCGUCAACGGGGUGAAUGGCUCAUCCAAAAAGGAGGCCAAGAAGGCUGAAAAGGAAAGAAAACAUGCAGAGAAAGCUGCUCGCAAGGCUGCGAAGAAAGAAAAGAAGGCCGAAGCAGAAAAGGCGGCAACGGCUGGCCACGAGGACAAGAUCGAAGCAUAUGCUGCCCAAUGUGGAUUGAGCGUGGAAAGAUACAAGAGGAAGCUGGCAAAAGGCGAGAUCCAGUUCCAAGAAGACGGCACACCGGCAGUCGUCUCGAAGAAGGACAUCAAGAAGGCUAAGAAGGCGGCGGAGAAAGCGGCGGCAAAGGAGGCAAAUGGGGAGGUUGAGGGGUCCAAGAAGCGGAAACGAGUGGAAGAAGAUGCCGAUAUCUCCAAGUCCGAGAAGAAAAAGAAGCGGAAAGAGAAGGCAUAA